ACGGGACGGCGGGGUGAGGUGAGGAGCCUUCGCUCCGCUCCCUUCGGUUCCGCCGCCUCACGACAUGCUGCGGCUCCUGCUCCCGCUGGCCGCUUUGGCGGCGUUCCCCCGGGCGGCGGCUUCGUUGACCCAAGGCACCCCUUCAUAACCACACUAUUGCCUGCUGGAGAAUUCUGCAGAACAGAAGGGAACGAGCAAAGGGAAGCAAAGAUGAUCUCCUUCAAGCAACUGCCUCUUGAAGCAAAGGCUGCAGUGGCUGCAGGAGUGGUUUUCUUCUCCAUGAUGCUGUCGCGGAGUUAUCUGGCAGAGCAGCUCGAGCUCAGGACGCGGCGUUGGCUUCUGAGGCUGCAGAUGGCACUAUUUGCUAAUGCGCUCAUGUUGAUAGGAUCUCUUCAUGUUUGGAGAAGCACAGUCACCACGUUCUCCAGGUCUUCAGCUGCCAGCUCAUUCUGUUUCUUGCCGUGGAAAAUAGCUGUGUUCAUGUUUCUAGCUUUGGCUCAUUCAAGCUUCUUCACGCUGCUAUUUCUUGUUGCAGAAGAGCCCUAUUUCUUUUCUUUAGCUGCUUACACUUGCCUGGGGGCCUAUAUCAUUCUUAUCUUCUUCCUCUUCACUCUAGGCUCUGUAGAGCAGGCUUACAAGCUCUUGGCUGGGAGAGGUGCUAAGGCAGGUGCUGGCAACAAGAACAGCAGAACAGCUAUGAAACCAGUUUUGGCAGUUCUGCUGACUGUUGUGCUGACUAUUGUUGGGCUGUUAAAUGCUUCCCGGCCUCCCACUGUGAAUUCAGUGGAGGUUCCAGUUCACAAGCUGCCAUCAUCAAUGAAUAAUCUGAAAGUGGUGUUGCUUUCAGAUAUCCAUCUGGGUCCUACAGUUGGGAAGACCAAGCUUGCCAUGAUUGUGAGAAUGGUUAAGGCUUUGAAACCAGAUAUCACCGUGAUUGUUGGGGACCUGACUGACUCCGAGGCAGAGAUAAUACGACCUGCUGUCGAGCCUCUUGGAGAACUUAACUCCCCUUUGGGGACAUACUUUGUCACAGGAAACCAUGAGUACUACACAUCAGAUGUUAGCAACUGGUUUGAGUUGUUAAAAUCGUUUAACAUUCAGCCACUCCAUAACGAGAAUGUGAAGAUUGUUUCACCAAAGAGCACUGAUGACUGGUUCUGCCUGGCUGGUGUUGAUGAUAUUGAAGCAGAUGUAUUGCGCUACUCGGGGCAUGGCAUGGAUUUAAAAAAAGCUCUCAGAGAUUGUAGCAGUGAGCGUGCAAUAGUGCUGUUAGCUCAUCAACCCAUUGCUGCAAAGUGGGCCCUUCAGGAGAGACCAGACAUCAAUUUAAUUCUCUCUGGUCAUACUCACGGAGGGCAGAUGUUCCCGCUAAACGCUGGGGCUUAUUUUCUGAAUCCCUUCUUUGUUGGCUUGUACAAAGUUGGGCAGAAUACCUUUGUCUAUGUCAGCCCAGGGACAAUGUACUUUGGAAUACCCAUGAGGCUGGGCAGCAGAGCUGAAAUAACGGAGAUAAUUCUACGUUCUCCUUGAGGACCUUUCCAUUUGAAAGAUUUCUGCCAUCCUUUUUGGUCAGUAUGUUGGCUCUUCUGCUCUGAAAGCAAAUCCUUUUUCAGGGAAUCCAGAGAAGACGUGCUAGGGUAGACUCCAUCAGGUUCUGUUAAGUUUGAGCAGAAGUCUAUCUUGGGCCUAUGAAGCAAAUUUGAGCUGUUAAAAUACUGAAGAAAUCCAUUAUUUGAGUUCAUUGUUAUUGAGGUUCUGGACUUAAAGAUAACACUGAUGUCAUGGAGGUAAUGUGUGUCCUGUGCAUGUUCAGUAGUGUCUCUGGUCUCAGCUACUUCCUGUUCCACUGGUGAUUAUCCAUUGGGCAGCUGCCUUAUCAAAUCUCAGGCAGGUGAAGUUCUCAUCUCUUGCAGUGAAACAGCACACGCGUGUUUUGUGGAGGGGACUACACAGUGUCCACUGAGUACGUCAACUCUAAAAGCCUUGUGCUAGAAAUCUAACAGGAAGGGAGUAGUUCUGCUUUUUUUUCUGUUUUGUUUUUUUUAAUUGAAUCUGAGUGUCUUUUUCUUGCUGUUUGCAGCAUGCACUAGGGCUUCCAGUCUGAGCUUCUUACCAGUACAGUAAGGUGCCAGGCAUCAGUUCCUGAAAUUUAAUUUUUUCCAGUUAAAAAGCUGGGUAGACUGAUAUCAAAGGGUGAAAGCAGCUGUCUUUCUGCUGGCAUUUUCCCCCAAAUAACUGGGCAUUUAGUACUUACUUACUGAAAAUACCUCUAAUAAAAGCAAAUGAGAAAGAAAACUCAUAAUGAACAUAACUUUUGUUGCUGUCUGGGCAUACAGUACCUGCUGAUGUAAAGCACAAAAUCCAAAGCUGAAAUACUCAGGCUCAUUUCUCUUUAUUUUGCAUUUUUUGUUUAUGCUUAACUUACCUUCUGUGACUUUUCUCUUACAAGAGUAAGGAGAUGCUAUUUGAAAACAUUUUAGACAGGUUAAUGCUUGAAUUUUGUUUAAAAUUUUAAUAUUUCAAGUAAACGGUGUCCUUUUGAAGAAGACUAAACUUUUCGGCAGGUGACUUUCCUUAAUAGCGUUUGUGCAUCAGUGUCCUUGUUGCCUGAUAGGCACAUAGCAGAAUAACUGUUGCAGGAUGAUCAGGGGUGGAGAAAUUCUCUCUGCCUUUCCUAGAAGGGCUUAAUACAAAUUAGGAUCAUUCUGGGAAAUUUGAGAGAUUAGAAAUUAUUAAUAAAAACAUUAUUGCUUCCAUAUCAUCUAAGAAAGCCAGGAUGUAAAUUAAUGUGCAUAUAUUGUCCAGGCUGAUAAAAGAGUUUACUUCUGUACUUCUUCCUCUCCUCCCCUUCCACCUCAGUGUUGGUGUAUGAAACUCCCCAGGCAAUACAAGUCUGGGGAUCCUGCCUCUAACUGAGGUCUCCAGCUGUAGCUUGCUCUGCCUUUCUGCCCACCAGUACCUGGUGGUCUCACAGGCAAGGGGCAAAAGAGAUCAGAGCUUACACUGGAGGCUGAGGAUGGCAAGACCAGAACUGCAGUGUUCAAUCUUUUCUUGCCUUCCUGUGUAAUCCUCAUCCAGACACACUUUUGUUUUAUUCUUCAGCUUCUGUUCUCGUUUUGCAGGAGGUGUGUGGGGUUGUAUUUGAAGAGUACCAUAGACUUUGUAAAGCUGAGUUUUUCUGUAAGUGAAAACUCAAGUUUCACUUCAUCCACUUUCUUCAGCCCCUCCCACAGGCAGAGUUUCUAACUGCUAAGCUGUUUUUGUGUCCUGUUUGUGUGUACAAACAUCCUGCAUUUUUACUCACAGGAAUAUUGAGAAAUACUGUCAUAUGUGCUGGAAAAUUGAAGCUGGAGAAGUCAGUCAUCUUUUAGUCUGAAAACUGAACACCUGACCAGGCAGGCUUUUUAUGUCUAUAAUUUCUGUUUGCCAGCACCUAUAAUUUUGUAAACUUUUUUUAUGCUUGUGCAAUAAUAUCCACUUAGGCAUCUUAAAGUUUCCACAGGUAUUUAACAGUGCCCAAAUGGGGUCCUUCUGCGGUUCUUUUCCAUUGUAACCUUGACACCCUCUGUUUACUUAUCAACAUGCGUUGGGUUAAAAACUGUGUUCUGGGUUUAGUAAUGCAGAAUAUUCCCUCUAGACCAUUGGUCCAGGAGGAUAGCGUUUCAUUUGUUAUGCUGAGGGUUAUUACUGUGUUAAGAAGACUAAUUGUUUAGCUAGUUUUGUUAUCAGGAGGCUUUUGUGGGACUGGUUUUAGAUGGCAUUGGUUUCCCAGUGAGUUGCUAGUAUUUUUUUCUUUUUCUCCUGCUGUGUUUAUUUCUCUUCGCAUUUUGUCCAAAUGUGUCCAAAAACCUAGCUGAAGUGGUCCUUCAGUCCUGGGGGGCAUAUGUGACUUCUUCAUUAUUUGUACAUGCUCCUCUUUGAAGAUCUUUGAAGAUCCUUUUAGGAACAGACACACGUCCUUUUAGGAGUGGUCAUAUUAUCAUUUCAUAAAUUUAUUGAGUUCUCUCAAUGUAAUUUAGUUCUUGUUUUUUUUUCUUUGACUCCUUCCCUCUGAAAGCUUCUUGGCCUGGUGAUUUGUUUUCACUUAAAAUGUUUUAUUUCUGUGCCAAAACACUUCAAAGCCUUUUGAUAUUUUGCUAUUUCUCAAAAAGUAUGGAGGUAUCGUAGAUCAGCUUUCUUUUUGAUAGUGUGAGGAAUGAAUUUUUUCUAAAAUCUCUCAAAGACAUCCAUCCCUAAUUGUCCUCUAAGGCUUUUCUUACACUUUUUCUAAUUUGACUCAAAUAUGCUUGAUUUAGACCUAUGUUCAGUAUUCCAGAUGAAAAAUAAAAUAUUGCUGUGCUGCUUAUUUUGUAAUUUUUUCAUUUUUUUUGUAAAUUUUUUUUUGUCUGUGUGGAAUGUAUUUGAUCCAGAGAACUGAACUAAAUGAAUAUGUAUUUCUUCCUAUUAAAGGCCAGUUCAUUGGAGGGGGGAGUUUGUCACUGUCAGCAGAAUAAGAAUACCAGAAUAGAAUAGUAUUAUCACUUUGUGAAAGUUAUAUUUAUUACAUUAUAUAAUCAGUACAGAGUGGAUUUGAAAAUAUGUAAAAUUGUGGUAUAAUAAAUGCUUUAAAUGUUGGGAUUUAAUAAAACUUUAUUCACUUAUCAAGAAA